UCACGGCCUGUGACGUCGGAGCCGACCCAGCAUGGACUCCGGACCAGAGGAAUUGAUGCCCCGGCUCUUGCCGGUGGGGGACUGUGAUCUCCCCGAUGAUUUUGACCCCUCAGUUCCUCCUCGGACUCCACAAGAGUACCUGCGGAGGGUCCAGAUAGAAGCUGCUCGUUGUCCUGAUGUAGUAAUUGCACAAAUUGACCCAAAGAAGCUGAGAAAGAAGCAGACAGUCAGCAUAGCCCUAUCUGGGUGCCAGCCAGCUCCGGAAGGGUACUCUCCAAGCCUCAGAUGGCAGCAGCAACAAGUAGCUCAGUUCUCUGCUGUUCGCCAGAGUCUCAACAAACACAGAAGUCACUGGAAGUCUCAGCCUCUUGACAGCAAUGUUACCAUGCCUAAUACAGAAGAUGAAGAGAGUUGGAAGAAGUUUUGUCUGGGGGAAAGAUUGUACUGUGACCUGGCGGCAGCCCUGAACAGCGAGACCCAAAACCCAGGAAUUGAUUAUAUAAAGGUGGGAUUUCCACCUCUGCUGAGUAUUGUUAGCAGAAUGAGUCAGGCUACUGUUACAAGCGUUCUGGAGUACCUGGUGAACUGGUUUGCAGAGAGAGACUUUACUCCAGAGCUGGGUCGAUGGUUGUACGCACUGUUAGCAUGUCUGGAGAAACCACUGCUGCCAGAGGCUCAUUCACUAAUCAGGCAGCUGGCAAGAAGAUGUUCACAAGUCCGCGCAGGGGUGGAGCGGAAAGAUGAUGGACGAAUAUCUGCCCUAAAUCUAUUCAUUUGUCUAGUUGGCAGGUACUUUGAGCAGCGGGACUUGGCUGAUUGCAGUGAACCUUCUUGAUAAGACAAGAUGCCCCCAUUCUCCUGCACAUUGAAAUCACAGCAAUACGUAACCCUCCCAUUUUACGGUGCACCAAAUGUCUCAUUUGUGUUUAACAUGGUUUAAUGUUGGGGCAAGAACCGGCCAUUUUAACCCUUUCAUUGUUUACAAAGCUUGCAUUGAACUGAUGGGUUAAAUCACCAACAAUUGCAUGGAAACUCCUUUUCUUGUCAAUGGCAAAUCGAAAAACUAGCAGUUUCCCAUCUCAAACAUUGAUAUGAGAAAUGCAUCUAAAUUUUAGUUUGUUCAGUUUCUUUUUGUUUUUAAUUUGCACAUCGUUCUCAGAAAGUGGCCGAAGCUGGAGACAAAGUGCCUAAAGGUUUUGGUGUUUUUUUUUUUGUUUUUUUUUUUUGUUUCCUUUUUUUUGUUUCCUGUCUCUGUUCCCAUCAUUAUACUUCUGCCAGUGGUAGCUGCAUUGCGUGCUGCCUGGGAGUGUAGGGUGAUGUGGCUUGUAGCAUGGAUAUACUGUGAAACUGCUAAUUUUUAUUGACUGUUUUACUUUACGUCCCUCUCAUUACUUUCCUGUGUUUGUGGAUCUAUGAAUCUGCCUCUGCACACAAAUGUUCCUAUACAUUUUAUGUGGGUUUUCGAAUCCUGUAUUUCAAUAUGUAUAGAUUAUGUGACUUAAUAUGUUACAAAAUAGUCUUCCUUCUUAAAAACAACUUCAUUGUGCUUCCCAUUAAUAUUUUAUUUGCUCUCCUUUCUAAUAUUCUAAAAUACCUGCUCUAGAAGACAUCUGACCUUGGACUCAAGGCAAAGUUUGACUCAAGUGCAGACCAUUCUGAUUGC